AUGGCUUCCCGCGCGCUCGCGAGCAACGAGGAGCUGUGGCAGCGGGCGAGCAAGACGGGCACGGGACUGAGUGUUACCACGCUGCGCUUUUCGCGAACCAUUUCGCUGGACCAGGUUAAAUCGGCCGCUGCUCUGGCCGCGUCCCAGCACCCCAUCCUGGCGGCCAGGAUCGUGAGGGUGCAAAAGCCCAAACCCCACUGGGAGCUAAACGUGCCGGCUGAUGCUCCCCCCGCUGUCACUGUUGCUGCGCGCUCGUGGCACGACGUGCUGGGCGUUGAUGGGGCGAGCACGCUGGGCGCUAGCGAGUCGGAGGAGGCGCUGAGGCUGCUGACUGAGGCGGAGAUGAACAUGCCUAUGUCCGGCGCUGUGGUGGGGACAGAGAAGGAUGAAGAGCCGACUGAUGUGUUCCAGGUCCACGUGUACCCCUCUGAGCUCACCACGUGUAUCGUUCUGAGGGGCCACUGUGCAGCCUUUGAUCGCUCCUCUGCUCUCUCUGUCGCCCGUGCCUUCCUCUCCGCCCUCGCGGCUGUGCUCGCUGGCACCGCCCCUUCCUCACCAGCCUGGCCCAGCACGGGGGUGUCUCUCCCCCCCUCUCUCGCGUCCCUCAUGCCCAAGGGCGCGCAGGCGAAGGGCUUUUUCACCAAGAUGGUUGACGCCGUGGGGUAUGCCGCUUCAUCCAAAUCCGCCAUGCUGCCCUUCCAGCCUGGCUGUGCUGACUCCCGCAAGAACCACUUUCGCUCCGAGAUCAUCCCCAUCAACCUGUCCCAGCAAGAGACCGAUGCCCUCAAGGCGGCCUGUGAGGCGAGGGGCAGCUCGCUGUACGGAGUGCAGUGUGCUUCAGUGCUCAAGGCAGCUGCAGAGGAGCUGAAGCUGAAGAAGGACGAGUCGUUUGGCGUCACCAGCCUCAUUGACUGUCGUCAGUACUGCGACCCCCCUCUCCCCCCCGUGGCCAUCGGGGUGUUUGACUCGGGUCUGCCCCUAAAGCACUCCUGCUCGCACGCCUCCUCCUUGUGGGGCAUCGCCGGGCAGCUCACGCAGCAGGUGGCCACUGCGGUCAGCAAGGGAAAACAUUUCUCGGAGCUGCCCGUGCUGGAGAUGCUGUUUGGCACGGUGCUCAACACGCCCUCCUUGAGCCCAGAGCACUCCCUGCGCACCUCCUUCCUCACUGCCUUCACCGACGGCCCUCUCCCCCUCGACCUCACCACCACACACGGCACUAGUAACGGCGCUACCAACGGCGCUACCAACGGCGCCACCAAUGGUACCGGUGACCUGGCUCUGCUGCAGCUGGACGGGGUGAUGGGGCCUCUGGUGGCGAGUCACGGCAUCGGCCCCUGCAUUGGCAUGCCCGACUUUAUCAAGGAUGGGGCGCUGCAGCUGCUGCUGGUGUACCCUACCCCGCUCUACUCCCCUGCUCAGAUGGCCCAGUUUGCUGUCCUCGUUAAGAACAACCUCCUUGCAGCUGCAGUUAACCAGGAUGUGUAG